UAUACUUUGGUUUUUUUAGAAGCAAAAGCGACUCUGUUUGACAAAAGUUUGAUGAUUGACAUGGCCAUAGUCAGAGAACUGGGAAGCCAUGUUCGAUUUGAAGGAUUCUUUCUAUUAAAAGGAUUUUAAAACUCACUCAUCUUUUAAACAUGAUUCUCCUUACAAUAGGCAAGCACAAUUUCCUUUAGCAGGGUUUGUUGUGAACCGAAAACCGACUUCAGAGUGACAACUUGGCCUCAGCAAUCAAGCGUCAAAGAAUCACAGAAGCAGCUUAAUUUAAUAAGCCUUUAGAUAUUUAUAGGGGAAACCUUUAGCUUUCGAUAAAGUCUACGUAUAGAUAUUUGCCCCAAUGUCAAUUGCCAGAGUCGUGAAGACGAACGUUUCCUAUUUCUUUUUGUUUCAUCUUUUACACUGAAAAAGCUAGGAAAGGAGGAAAUUCGACACCACAAUUUGCCUCAGGUGGCCAUCAUGUCCUAUUGACUCGCUCCACCGUAUGACACACUUCUCCUUCACGUCCACCUUACCCUACCACCCGACAAAAACUAAUUUGUCGAAAAAGGCUCUUUUCUGGAGUACCUUUUCGUUUAUUCUUUCGUUUAAUAAAAAACCCAGAAUAAAGAUUUUAGAUGAUUGUCUCACGAAGGAUGCUUCGAGGCCGUUAUGGUCCAAAGUUGCUGGAACGUUCUUUGCAAACGUCUGCCUGGAACCGAAAUGGAGGACCACAGUCUCCUAUUAAAGUUUUUAUGGAUACAUUUCGAUCAGAAUUGAAGAAGAGCCAAGAGUUUCAGGACAGUAUGAAGGCACUCCAGGAUAGUUCAGGGAAUUUGGGCGAAAGCGAUGCAUUCAAGCGCGCCCGUGACGCUUAUGAUAAAGCUCGUCAAGGAACAUCUGCCGCUUCACAAACCAUGGGAAAGGCAGGUUCCGCUCUUGGAUCUGGUGCCCAUAAAGCUUGGGAAAGUGCUCCUAUGCGUUUCUCGCGUAAAGUCAUUGCCGGUACCACUAACACAGUAACAAGCGGUGUGGACAAAGCUACUCAGCCUGUUCGUAAGACCGACCUCUACAAAACCGUCAAACAGACCAUGUCGGACGGCAGUACCUCAUCUCGAUAUGGGUUUUACGCCGAUAAGGAACAACGUAAAAAGCUUCGUGAAGAGUUUGAAAAGAGGACGCAUAUGUUUGGUCGUUCUGCUAAGAUUCAACCCAACGAUGACGUUCAAAGUGUAGUUGUGCAUACAAAUCCUUCAUGGAAGAACAAAGUGGACCAAAUUACAAGCGAAUCGAAAUUUAUCCGUAAGCUUCAAGAAUAUAGAAGAAUCUACGAGGAAUCCGAGCAUCCCAUUAUUUCUUCCAUUCGUGAUUUGGCUGACAGCAUCAGCGGAACCUGGUCGCGCAUGUUUUCCGAAACCGAGGCUUCUCAAGUCAUGACCCGUUUCAAGGAGAUAGAUCCUUCUUUUAAUCUCGAGCAUUUCUUGCAGUAUUUGCGUGAGUAUGUCGUUCCUGAAGUCACCGAAGCCUAUGUGAAGGGUGAUAAGGAUGUUUUGCGAACCUGGUUCUCUGAAGCUCCAUUUUCCGUCUAUGAAACCACUACAAAGGAAUACGCCAAACACGGGAUUGUAAGCGUUGGAAGAAUUCUGGAUAUCCGUGGCGUCGACAUCAUGUCUCAAAGACUACUUCAACCCAGCAACAUCCCCGUCCUUGUCGUUACCUUCCGCACCCAAGAAGUCCACAUGUUCAAGAAUGCUCUGAGCGGCGAAUUGGUUGCCGGACGAGAAGAUCGUAUCCAGCAAUGCACUUACGCUGCCGUGCUUACUCGUAUCGAAGAAGAUAUGGAAAAUAAAGAAACCAGAGGCUGGUGUAUAGUUGACUUUGCCCGUGCUCGUGCUGUCGACUAUUUCUAAUUUUGAACGAUUUUGCGAAAAUGUUUUACUUUACAGAUCUACUUUUUUUCGAUACUUUUGCAUAUGUCUUGAUCCUUUUAUACAUAAUCUCUUGUUUAUUCAUUUUUACCCAAAAAACCCGUUCAACGUUUGUUUCGGAUAAUACGUUUCUCUACUAAUCUAAAGCUACAGAGUUAUAGGAAUGAAUGGUCUUGUAACGGUAGCUAUUCCAAAAUUUUUUGUGGUUUUUUGUUGUACCUCUACCUUAAAUUCGCCCAUUGGUUUAUUUUUUUCGUAUUUGUUUAAUUCCAUAUGAUGAUGAAUCUUGGGGAAGCUUUUUUGUCACUUUGCAU